AUUCAAGGCGUUUCUCAAGGAAAAACAAAGCCCACCCACCACCUUACCCCCAUUGUUAACCAGUAAAAGCCUCUCUCAGUUCUCUGCUAUGGCAGACGCUCCUUUCUUUGUUUUGUUCAUACAUUUUCACGCCCUUUAAUCUUUAAAUCCUUAAAAAGAUUUGACCUUUCUUUGUUUUUCCCCAAAACCCAAUCUUUUUUCAUUUGCUAAAUGCUAAAUUGAUGGCUAAAAGUUUGAUUUUUUGGAUUUUCUUGGUUCUAUGGUCGCCAUUGUUAAUGUUACAAGCUCAACACCAAGCUGAGAUUCAAGCAUUAAUGUCUUUCAAGCUUAAUCUUCAUGACCCAUUUGGAGCUUUAAAUGGAUGGGAUCCAUCAACACCAUCAGCUCCAUGUGACUGGCGUGGUGUUGCAUGUACUAAAAACCGAGUUACCGAGCUCCGUUUACCUCACCUGCAACUUGGUGGUCGACUCAGUAACCGUCUCUCCGACCUUAAAUUCCUCACCAAGCUCAGUCUCCGUUCCAACUCGUUCAACGGUACCAUACCGUCCACCCUCUCUCAAUGCAGGUUCCUACGCGCAGUUUUCUUGCAGUACAACUCACUCUCCGGGGGGUUCCCGUCGGAGAUAAGUAACCUCACCGAUUUGACUACCUUAAACUUAGCUCAAAACCAAUUUUCCGGCGAAAUCUCAUGUGAUCUUCCACGGAAUAUUAAGUAUCUUGAUCUUUCUUCGAACUUGUUUUCCGGUUCUAUUCCUAAAAGCAUUGGUAAUUUAUCUCAGCUUCAACUUAUUAAUCUGUCGUAUAAUCAGUUUUCCGGCGAGAUUCCGGCGAGUUUUGGUGAGCUUCAACAACUUCAAUAUCUAUGGCUUGAUUAUAAUUUAUUAGAAGGAACUUUGCCUUCAGCAUUAGCCAAUUGUUUUUCACUUGUUCAUUUUAGUGCUGAAGCUAAUAAGCUUAGGGGGGUUAUACCAGCUGCCAUUGGUAACUUACCUUAUCUUCAAGUUGUUUCAGUUUCUCGGAAUAAUCUCACCGGAACGGUGCCGGUUUCUUUGUUCUGUAAUGUAACCGUUCGGCCACCUUCGAUUCGGAUUGUUCAAUUGGGGUUUAAUUUGUUCAACAAUGUUGUUGGCCUUGAACAAUGUCACAGUGUUUUACAGGUUUUGGAUCUUUCAAGGAACCAGAUUGGUGGAGGUUUUCCGAUAUGGUUAAUGGAAAUAACGACGUUAACGAUGUUGGAUGUUUCCGGGAAUUCGUUUUCCGGUGAAGUUCCGGUUCAAAUCGGGAAUUUGUCCAAGUUGCAACAGCUGAAAAUGGCUAAUAAUUCAUUCUAUGGGAUGGUUCCUAUUGAGAUCAAGCAAUGUAGUUCAUUACAUGUUCUUGAUCUCGAAGGAAACCGAUUCUCCGGCGAAAUCCCGGGCUUUUUGAGCGAUAUGACCGGUUUGAAGGUUCUAUCUCUGGGGGGAAAUCUGUUUUCGGGUUCCAUUCCGAGUAGUGUUCAGAACCUUACCCAGCUAGAAACCCUGAAUUUGGGACAUAAUAACUUGAAUGGAACCUUCCUGGAGGAAAUAAUGGGGUUGAGCAAUUUGAGUACAUUGGACUUGAGUGGUAACAAGUUUUCCGGUGAGAUUCCCGCGAGUAUUGGGAACUUGAGUCAGGUUGUUGUAUUGAAUCUAAGCAAUAACGGGUUUUCAGGGAAGAUACCGGCGAGUUUAGGUGCAUUGCUCAAGCUAACUACACUCGAUUUAAGCAAGCAGAAUCUUUCGGGUGAACUGCCAUUCGAGCUUUCGGGUUUACCUAAUCUACAAGUCAUUGCAUUACAAGAGAAUAUGUUAUCUGGCGACGUUCCCGAAGGGCUUAGUAGUUUGAUGAGUUUGCGAUACGUGAAUCUAAGUUCAAAUUUAUUUUCCGGCCAUAUCCCGGAAACUUUCAGCUUUCUGCAUUCAUUAGCUGUGCUUUCAUUGUCUAAUAAUCGCAUAACCGGGAUGAUCCCUCCCGAGCUUGGGAACUGCACUGAGCUUGAAGUUCUUGAGCUUGGAUCGAAUUCUUUGACAGGUCACAUUCCUGCCGAUCUGUCUGGCCUUUUGAGGCUUAAUGUGCUCGAUUUGGGUGGUAACAACUUAACUGGAGAAAUCCCGGAGGAAAUCUCCAAGUGCUCAUCGUUGACCAGUUUGUUACUCGAUGGUAAUAGGCUUUCUGGGAGCAUACCGGAUUCAUUAUCUGAGUUAUCAAAUCUUACAAUGCUGGAUCUUUCUUAUAAUAGCUUGAGUGGAAACAUUCCGGCUAAUCUCAGUCUUAUACCCGCGUUGGUCUACUUCAAUGUCUCGAGUAAUGACCUAACCGGGGAAAUUCCGGUUAGUCUCAGUUCUAGAUUUAACAAUCCAUCGACGUUUGCAGGUAAUCAAGCGUUAUGCGGAAAGCCAUUGCAUCGGAAAUGCGAGGAUGUAGCCGAGAAGAACAGAAGGAAAAGAUUGAUUCUUUUGAUUGUAGCGGUAUCUUGCGCUGCAAGUCUUGUGUCAUUGUGUUGUUGCUUUUACGUUUUUAGUCUUUUGAGAUGGCGGAAGAAGCUCAAGGAAGCUGCCGGGGAGAAGAAACCAAGUCCAGCUAGGGCUAGUUCCGGAGCAAGCGGUGGUCGGAGCAGCACCGACAGUGUAGGGCUGAAGCUUGUUAUGUUCAAUAACAAGAUCACACUCGCUGAAACAAUCGAAGCAACAAGGCAAUUUGCUGAGGAGAAUGUACUUAGUAGAAGCCGAUAUGGGUUAGUCUUCAAAGCUUGUUACAACGACGGAAUGGUACUCUCUAUUCGCCGCUUACCAGACGGAUCACUCGACGAAAACAUGUUCCGUAAAGAAGCAGAAUUUUUAGGAAAAGUCAAACACCGAAACUUAACCGUCCUCCGCGGUUACUAUGCAGGACCACCCGAUUUAAGACUCCUUGUAUACGACUACAUGCCAAACGGCAACCUCGCAACACUCCUCCAAGAAGCAUCACACCAAGACGGUCACGUCCUUAACUGGCCAAUGCGUCACCUAAUCGCUCUCGGCAUUGCACGCGGUCUAGCUUUCUUACACGCUUCCAACAUGGUUCAUGGAGACACCAAGCCUCAAAACGUGUUGUUCGAUGCCGAUUUCGAAGCUCACUUAUCCGAUUUCGGCCUUGAUAGGCUCACAACACCCGCAGCACCCGAAGCUUCCACUUCCGCACCUGUCGGAACGUUGGGUUACGUAUCCCCUGAAGCUGUUCUAACCGGCGAAACCACCAAAGAAUCAGACGUAUACAGCUUCGGCAUCGUGUUGCUCGAACUACUCACUGGAAAAAGACCGGUGACGUUCUCCGAAGACGAAGAUAUCGUAAAAUGGGUGAAAAAACAACUUCAAAGGGGUCAAAUUGUUGAACUUUUAGAACCAGGGUUACUUGAACUUGACCCUGAAUCAUCAGAAUGGGAAGAGUUUCUAUUAGGGAUUAAAGUCGGGUUACUUUGUACGGCACCAGAUCCUCUUGAUCGACCAACAAUGGCGGAUAUCGUGUUCAUGCUUGAAGGUUGUCGUGUAGGAGCUGAUAUUCCUUCAUCAGCUGAUCCCACUUCUCAACAUUCACCGGCAUAAACCCGAAACCAAUAUGAAUUUGUUUUUUUUUAUUACUUUUUUUUCUGUCUCAUGAAAAAUUUUUAACCAAUUUUUUUAGUUUCAGAGAAAAUAUUAACCGUAGGGUGAAUUAUUAUUAUUAUUAA